AUGAUAAGACAUUUACUGGACAACGUGGUGGAGCGCGGGAUGCCGCACCAUUAUUCCACUGAGAUGUGGGAGCGCACGCACAAGGGCACGGUCAAGGGUCCAGUUAGAGGGAGCAACUGGAGCGACAUUCCGCGCCGAAUCGUGGAGGAGGAGGUGCAGAGAGAGGUGUACCGUGAGGUGGCUGCAGACGCCGGCGGUGGGCGGCAGUAUGCGUCUGCAUUGCGCGAGGUUGCGGCUUGUUGUGGGAACGUGGUUGUACACGUGCAGGCAAUCAAGACGAGGAAACCGGUGCUUACAAAGAAGUAUCGGAUCAUGCGCAUAGGCGGGGCGUCGGAUCCGGUGUACGAUGAGUACACAGCCGCGCUUGGAGACGAGAUGAAGGGGAUGGCCGCGGAGUUUAAGGCGUUGGACCUGGCUACCAACAACGUGCAGGGACUGCUGGCUACUGCGCACCCGGACGAUGUGUUCUGCUUCCACGAGAUUAAUUUUCUUCCGAGCCGCCUCCCGAAGACAUACAUUCCAGACAAGCGUAAUGUUUGCGAGCGGAUUGUCAGCAUCGGCAUUCUUUACAACGCGACGGGCAGUUGUUCCGCGGUGCCACUGGUGGUCCUAUCGCCGUACGAUAGGCCCGAGCGCAGGCGGGGGCGCGCGGCAUCGCGCAUGGUGGCAGUCCGAUAUACGCACCGCGGCCGGUUGACUCCGGAGGUGUUCACGGAGUUUGUGGAGACUGUCAACGGUGUGCACUUUAGUCGUGAUCGCAACACACUCAUCCUAACCAUACACGAGGCGCAUCGCAUCACCGACGAGGUCGCGCGCCCCGUCUCGGAGCACGGCUUCAGUGUGCAGCACCUCACCAACACCCGUGUCGUCAACAUACGUGGCUCGGUUCCCGAAGGGGGCCUUCCGCACCUGCAGGGAGUGGAGGACGCGCUGAAGGCCCAUUACCGCGUUAUGCUGAUGAAGCGGGCGAUCGCGGCGAAGCGGUUCCAGUUCGACUAUGCCGCUUCUAUCGCCGACGUGGACUACGGACUCAUGCUGGAGUGGCUGGGGGAAUCGUGGACCCGUGUGCGCGCUGCAACCAUGCAGAGGAGCUGGUGGCGCGCCGGAUGCGUGCCGCCGAGCUGGCCGCCGCUGAUGGCGUACCUGAACGACACCAGCGCGACGGGCAUGUUUGAGCCGCUCAUUGCGACUUGCGUCGAGCUGCAGUUGCUCAUCGAGAAGUUUAAGAUGAGGCCUGCGUGCUACAUGACGGCGGCGGAGUUCGUCAACUGCGACGCGGGGCUCUGCGUGGAGCAGGGGUUCGUUGCCACACCUGCUGCAAGCGCGUCGGAUGACUCGUCGGGCGAGAUGAGCCUGCCAGACGGCCCGCUGCUGCGGGACGAGCGCAGCAGGCGGCGCGUCAUUCGCAACGUCACAAACGCGUACGUGGAGCGUGCCGAUGAGCUCGGCAUUCCCCCGGCCCUCGUGCCAGCAGAGGUCGGCGCAUCUAACCAGGAGGUGAUUUCCCGCCUCGGCAGGACGCCAGUUAAGCGUGCGCGAGCGGGGCUGCGCACGGAGGACAUGGCAGGCCCUUCGGAGCGCAAGGACGAGGACGACGAGUGA